CAUAUUAUAUUGUAUUAUCCUGACAGGUCUUCAAAUGCCAGCCAUGAAGUCAUCAAUGCCACCCUCCACACUCUGCUGGCUGCUACUACCAAGCUGGUGGCUCCUACACCUCCCAAACCCAUCCUUCCAGUUCAGACUGGAGUCCAGGCACAGCAAGAGGAGCAGUCUAGUGGCAUGACGAUCUUUUUUAGUCUUCUUGUUAUAGCUAUUUGCAUCAUAUUGGUGCAUUUACUGAUAGAAUACCGGCUUCAUUUUUUACCAGAGAGCGUGGCUGUUGUUUCCUUAGGUAUCCUUAUGGGAGCUUUUAUAAAAAUCAUAGAGGCUCAAAAGCUGGCCAACUGGAAGGAAGAAGAAAUGUUUCGUCCAAAUAUGUUUUUUCUGCUUUUGCUUCCACCUAUUAUAUUUGAAUCUGGAUAUUCACUGCACAAGGGUAAUUUUUUUCAGAACAUUGGUUCCAUCAUUCUGUUCUCAGUAUUUGGCACUGCAAUAUCAGCUUUCAUUGUAGGUGGAGGAAUCUAUUUCCUGGGCCGGGCUGAUGUAAUUUAUAAACUCAACAUGACAGACAGUUUUGCAUUUGGCUCAUUAAUAUCUGCAGUUGACCCUGUGGCUACUAUUGCCAUUUUCAAUGCCCUUAAUGUGGAUCCUGUGCUGAACAUGUUGGUUUUUGGAGAAAGUAUUCUCAACGAUGCAGUCUCAAUUGUCCUGACCAACACAGCAGAAGGUUUGACAAGGGAAAAUAUGUCAGAUGUAAGUGGAUGGCAAACCUUCCUACAGGCACUGGGAUACUUUCUCAAGAUGUUCUUUGGCUCUGCAGCACUUGGCACACUUACUGGUCUUAUUUCUGCAUUAGUACUAAAGCACAUUGAUUUAAGGAAGACACCUUCCCUAGAAUUUGGGAUGAUGAUUAUCUUUGCUUACCUUCCCUAUGGACUUGCAGAAGGGAUCUCACUCUCAGGUAUCAUGGCAAUCCUGUUCUCUGGCAUUGUGAUGUCUCACUACACACACCACAACCUGUCCCCGGUGACACAGAUCCUGAUGCAGCAGACACUCAGAACUGUUGCUUUCAUGUGUGAAACGUGUGUUUUUGCAUUUCUUGGCCUGUCAAUUUUUAGUUUUCCUCACAAGUUUGAAAUGUCCUUUGUCAUCUGGUGCAUAGUGCUGGUUCUGUUUGGUAGAGCAGUGAAUAUUUUUCCACUUUCCUACCUACUCAACUUUUUCCGUGAUCAUAAAAUCACUCCCAAAAUGAUGUUUAUCAUGUGGUUUAGUGGGUUACGGGGUGCCAUUCCCUACGCCCUCAGCCUGCACCUGGGCCUGGAGCCCAUGGAGAAGCGGCAGCUGAUCGGCACCACCACCAUCAUCAUCGUGCUCUUCACCAUCCUGCUGCUGGGAGGGGGCACCAUGCCCCUCAUCAGGCUGGUGGACAUCGAGGACUCCAAACCACGCAAGAGGAACAAGAAGGAUGUCAACCUCAGCAAGACAGAGAAGAUGGGCAACACGAUAGAAUCGGAGCACCUGUCAGAGCUCACAGAGGAGGAAUACGAAGCCCAGUACAUAAAGCGGCAGAACCUCAAAGGGUUUAUGCGGCUCGACGUCGAGUAUUUGAAUCCUUUCUUCACCAGAAGACUCACACAAGAAGACCUGCACGACGGGCGCAUCCAGAUGAAGACCCUGACCAACAAGUGGUACGAGGAGGUUCGCCAGGGCCCCUCGGGCUCGGAGGACGACGAGCAGGAGCUGCUGCAGCAGAGCGGGGCGGGCGCGCGCUGAGCCGGGCAGCCCCCCUGCAGAGCCUGCUCCUUGGCCAGUGACACCUCUCAGGAAGGGAAACCCACAAGGGUCAGAUGCUGCAUGGGCUGAAGGAAGAACCUUUUGUUCAGGCUUGACUGCAUAGCAAAUUCCACACAGCCCCUUGAAAAGCAGAACCGUCUGCUGUGAAAUGAUGACAUUGUUAAUGGGGGGGCUCCUUCCCUUCCCAAAAGCUGCUGUGACCACACACUGCAGUACAGGGCCAUUGUGGCUCUGCAGAACAGAACAAAUUGCACUUUACCUUUUAUAUAUGUAUAUAAAUAUAUUCAUUCACAGCAUGAAAAGAAUUGACAGUUUAUACUGUGAAUUUGUUUCAGCACUAGUAAGGGAAUUUGACUGGAGGAAAUGUAUAAUUUAUAGAAUUUGCUCAUCUUGAACCCAGAAAAGAUGCAUACCUUGACAAGAGCAGA